AUGGUACCACUAUGGCUUUCUGUUGGGAUAAGACGCCCAUACCCUAUUAUAUUCAUCUUGGCCUUUUCCCCAGCUACCUCUGUCACACCAACUACUUCCGUCACACCAACUACCUCCGUCACACCAACUCUCCGUCACACCAACUCUCCGUCACACCAACUACCUCUGUCACACCAACUAACCCCGUCACACCAACUCUCCGUCACACCAACUACCUCUGUCACACCAACUAACCCCGUCACACCAACUCUCCGUCACACCAACUACCUCUGUCACACCGACUACCUCCGUCACACCAACUACCUCUGUCACACCAACUACCUCCGUCCCACCAACUACCCCCGUCACACCAACUCUCCGUCACACCAGCUACCUCUGUCACACCAACUACCUCCAUCACACCAACUACCUCCAUCACACCAACUACCUCCAUCCCACCAACUAUCUCCGUCACACCAACUCUCCGUCACAUCAACUACUUCUGUCACACCAACUACCCCCGUCACACCAAAUACCUCCGUCACACCUACUACCCCCGUCACAACAAAUACCUCCGUCACACCAACCACCCCGUCACACCAACUACCCGUCACACCAGCUCUCCGUGACACCAGCUCUCCGUCACACCAAGUACAUCCGUCACACCAACUACCUCCGUCACACUGUCACACCAAGUACCUCGUCACACCAACUCUCUUUCACACCAACUACCUUCGUCACACCAACUCUCCCUACCUCUGUCACACCAACUACCUCCAUCACACCAACUACCUCCAUCACACCAACUACCUCCAUCCCACCAACUAUCUCCGUCACACCAACUCUCCGUCACAUCAACUACUUCUGUCACACCAACUACCCCCGUCACACCAAAUACCUCCGUCACACCUACUACCCCCGUCACAACAAAUACCUCCGUCACACCAACCACCCCGUCACACCAACUACCCGUCACACCAGCUCUCCGUGACACCAGCUCUCCGUCACACCAAGUACAUCCGUCACACCAACUACCUCCGUCACACUGUCACACCAAGUACCUCGUCACACCAACUCUCUUUCACACCAACUACCUUCGUCACACCAACUCUCCGUCGCACCAACUACCUCCGCCACACCAACUACUCCCGUCACACCAACUCUCCGUCACACCAACUACACCCGUCACACCAACUACCUUCGUCACACCAACUACACCCGUCACACUAA